AUGGAGCAGAUUCAUGAAUAUUUUGACGAUUUGAUUACCGAAAGGAUCGCGUUCUUGGAUCCAUUGAAGCACGAUAAUCUUCUGGUAGACGACGAGACAUUUUCCAGAUCCAAGCGGUAUUUUUGGGCAACAUCGACACUUAAGGAAUUGGAUGCCGUGAUUCCAGAGAACAUACAACAUAUUACUGAAUUGAUUAAUCAGAGAGAACUCACCCCAGUUGCAGGAGAUGAGGUGGGAUUUGUUGAAGCCUCUCGCAAGCGAAUGCGACAAUUUUUCGAACAAUUGAAAGAGAUAGCAGAAAGAUUACGCGACAAGCGACAGGAAGCUCUCGAUUUGAGAGAUGGCCUUUUCAAUGUCAGUGCUGUUGUGGAAAGUCGUGCUGCAACUAGAUUGGGAGAAAAUGCCAAGCUAUUGACUUUCGUGAGUAUAUUCUUCCUGCCACUUCGUUUUGUAUGGUAA